AUGACAAAAUCUAAUUCAGCAAAAAAUGAUGUGGUUCUUCUGCCUAAUCUUUAUCAUGAAGAAUAUUGGACAGGUACAAGUUUCCAAAACUGGUCAGUUGAAUCGUUUGAUAUAUUUUGGAUUCAGAAAAACCUGAGUCUAUAUAGAAGACAGGAUCUAGCACAUUCUGCACUGGGCAACGAAUUGGCAAUUCUUGUCAGAGCAUCUGAUAAAAGAAUAGUGGAUAAGGCAUACUUGUUGAAGAAACAACUUAAUUUUAAGAAUGAAUCAUCACAGAUUAACAAGAUUAUUUGGGAAAGAAGCAAAGAUAUAGCAGAGUCUCAAAUACAUUUAACAUUAAGCGAACUGCAAACCAAGACAAAUAUUGAAAUGUCCCUGAUUGAGGAAAUCAACAGCUCCAAAAGAAAAAUAUGUCACUUUAAAGACCACGUUUUGGAGCAAACAAAUGGUAAAUGCCAAAAGAUGGAGUAUCACAAGAAUGAGGAAAAUCAAGGUGAUGAAUAUAGUGAUUUACAUGUACCAUCUAGUCCAACACCAUUCCCAUCACUGCAGUUAUUAAAAGAAUAUUCAAUUGCACAAUCAUCUUACUCUUCAAGAUUGUGCUUUAUACUCAAAAGCGGAACAAUUGUAAAAGAUCUUCUGGAUGGUAUACCUCACAAUAGUUUCUGGAACUGGAAUCAUCUAAUUCUUGAUAAAAGUAAUGGUUGGCUUUUAAAUGGAUAUAUGAAAUUAGAAGACUUUGAGGAGUUGGUGGAAAUUUGUUACUCUCAUGGUGCUGUGGAACUGCCAAUAGAAUUAAAAAUCUUAACAAUCCAUACUUUUAUCAAAAGAAAUGGAUCUUAUCAACUGUUGAUAAUUGCUGGUUCAUCUUCUGAAAGUUCAUUGUUUGCAUUACAUGAAGUUGAUGCAAAUUUACGUGCAAAGCAACCAGAUAUUUACUUUCAUGAUGACAUUCUCAAAGUCGAGCCUGGAAAUGUAGAGAUUGCAAAGGAUGGUGUAAUACAAGAUAUAGUUAAAUAUGAUCUUGACACAAACAAGAGCCUUUGGGAAAAUAUAUAUGAAAUCUAUUAUAC